AUGAGAAUCCACCGGAGUCUGGAUGUGAGGCUGAUCGCCCUGUGCACCACCUGCCUGCUGCUUCCCGCCAUCGCCUGCCCCUCACAGUGCAUAUGCAAGUGGAAAAACGGGAAACGAUAUGUCGAAUGCUCAGAAAAAGAACUAAAGGCCAUACCCAACGCUCUAGACUCCGAAACACAAGUCUUAGACUUCGCCGGCAACGACCUGCAAGUACUCCAAAAAGAAACAUUCCAAAAACUCGGAUUACUAGAUCUACAAAAAAUCUAUCUGCCAAGGUGCAGACUACAGAAAAUUGACGGUCAUGCUUUCAAAGGCCUCGCCAAUCUCGUCGAAUUGGAUUUAUCUAACAAUUACUUAACAGUCAUCCCUUCGCCCAAUUUCGUAUUCUUCCCAUCCCUUAUGAGGCUCUCGCUGAACAACAAUCCAAUAACGAACAUAAAGACUCACUGCUUCCAACAUCUGUCCUAUUUGAAUACGCUCGAGUUGAGCGACUGCAAAAUCGAGACCAUAGAAAAGGAUGCUUUUGCCGGAUUGAAUCACUUGGAAUGGCUGCGACUGAACGGUAACAGACUAUCAAAUAUUCAAGGCGAAAAUUUAUUCCCUGACACGCUGCGCGGGAUUGACUUGCAAAAUAAUAACUGGAACUGCGAUUGCCACUUGCGAGUGUUACAUAGUUGGUUGCUGAAUUUCAACAUGCCCCACGCCGUGGAGCCGAUUUGUUCGUUGCCGGAGCGAUUGCGAAAACGAACCAUAGUCAGUGUGGCCGAGAAUGAUCUCGCAUGCUUACCAAAAAUGACACCAACUUCCGUGUUUUUAGAAACGAACGCCGGAAAUAACGUAACACUCGAGUGCUUAGUGAAAGCUAUACCAGAAGCGAAAAUUUCCUGGUUAUACCAGGGACAAAUUAUACAUAAUUAUUCAACCGUGUUGCUGGAACCCCGCGACAUUUAUUACGUUGAAAAUGGCGCUACAGACAAGAAAAGUGAAUUGUAUAUAUUCAACGUCAGCAACGAAGAUAAUGGGACUUAUUCGUGUGUCGCCGAGAAUCCAGCGGGGAAGGCGAGGGCUAAUUACACAAUUAGAAUAAUAGUAAAAGAGGAGCCAGUCGUUAUAGUGGUAACGUUCCCACAGAGACACUUAGUGGUUAUUGUGACAGUGGUGUUCUUAGUGAUAGUUUUAAUGAUAGCUAUAGUAGCGGUCGUAUUAUUAAAAUUCAAAACUGACACACGGAGUCGCAAAAAGAAGGAAAGCGGUAAAGACGUUGCUCUGUGCAAUCAAAUUUUGCCGUCGAGUCGGAGCAACGGAUCGUUGCCCAAAAAUAAUGGAAGUGUUAUAGUGAACGCGCACUCUCAUCAUGCUCUGCAUUAUACCGUGCAGACGAACCGUGAUUAUGAGACGAGUGAUGUGUACCAAGGGAACAUGAAAGGCUUUGUCGACAGAAACCCUGACCUAAUUAGCGACGCGGAAACAGUUGCCAACAAUGCGCAUAAUGAGAACACAGUGAUGUCUGUGUACAAACAAACUAACAACGGCGAGGGGUUUGAAGAGGAAACCGCAUUCACCGCGCCCAGCGUGCCCCGGCAGGUCACGUGGCAGGACCAACAGGCUAUCAACACGGUCAAUCUGCCGCAAAACACGAUAAACAACAUGUACCAACAUUCCGCAGACGUACACCUGAAUCCGGGAUGCUUUUUAGAUAAUGAAGGCUAUCCGUACGAUUACGGCUUACCGAAACAUCCUUGCCGGCCGCCUAUAAUGUCGAACUAUUCUGUAGUAGGACCAUUCUAUCAAACGUUGCCCCACAAUAGGCCAAAGGGGCAGAAACUUGUAUGCAAAUUUGCCAAAGAUACAGAAUUCAACACGACUCCGCCGCCGUGCCCUAAUUUCGAGCUAUUCAGUGCGCCGAACGUGCGACGUACGUUAGACGGGUACCCGGUACCACGUAACAGGCCGAUCGCUUUUGUGGGAAAUGGAACUGUGUAUUACAAUGAGGAGUUUGUUCCGUCGCCGCCGGAGGGCUAUAAGACGGAGCCCGUAGUGCAGUGUUGUGCGCCCGCAGAGGCGUGUACUUCUUGGAACCCGAAAGGAACGUGUGCAGUGAUGGUGCCAGUCGGUAUAACUGAGCCUAGGUGUUACCAGGUAGAGACGCGAUGUGUGGACACGCAGACGACGGAGCCGACCGCGCGAGUUCCUGGUGAAGGGACCGAGAAUGUUCUCAAGCCACUACCGCAGGUGUCGAACGCUAAAUGCGCGUCGGAUAUCUGUUCCGAGAGCCCUGAUGAAGGAUAUGUCGGCGACGCUAACGACAUCUGA